UCAACUUUAUCGUGUCAUAAAACAGCAAUUUACGUUCAUGUGGACUUGUGGAUUUAUAGAAAUAUAUGUAUGUGCCCAUUGUACAUAUGCAUAAGUAGUGCAUUAUAAAGAUAUGUACGUAUGUACGCAAAUCGAAGCAGGAACUAGGAAACAGUGUGAUGAAGUUUUCAAUUAAAUAUAAUAUGAAAGAAUCAGAGGUAUAAUAUAAUAAUAGUUACGUACUAAAAGAUGUAAUAAAAAUUCUCCCAUAUCAUGAAAUAAUAUUGUGUGUGUGUUGUAAGUGUUCUUUCAUUAAUCAUAAAUCUCAGACCCAUAAUUUUGGCCAUAGUGUACUUAUGUAUACACAAUGCAUUCACACUACGUAUUUAUAUACAUACGUGUAUAACAUAGCAUUCAAUGUAUAUUCUAUAUAUGCUAUGCAGAUGUAUUGUAUAGAUGCGUAACACCGUACAGUGUCGCGCUCAAAUUACGCUUGCGUAUGAAAGGAACAGGAACGUCAGGAGCACAGUAAAUGAUGAGUUGGAAGUAGGAACGCGUUCUUUAGUCUCUUAUACGCUUUUCAAACUGUGGGAUGAUCCAGGUGUGAAUUCGUGUAAAGUGUAGAAACAAUUUUUGGCAUUAACCAUGGUACUAGAUCUAGAUCUUUUUCGAGAAAACAAAGGUUUUAAUCCUGAUAAAAUACGAGAAAACCAAAAGAAUCGUUUUAAAGAUGUAAAUUUAGUAGACUUGGUAAUUGAAAAAGACAAACUUUGGCGAAAAUUGCGGCACAGAGCCGACAAUUUCAAUAAAUUGAAAAAUGUAUGUAGCAAAGAGAUUGGAGAAAGAAUGAAAAAGAAAGAGGCGGUAGGUUGUGAUAGUACCGUUUCAGAGGAUAUUCUUGGAAAUUUGGAUAAUUUAACAUCUGAUAACCUGAAAUCAUUAACGGUCACACAGAUCAAGACUAUUCGUGGUUGCAUAGAUGAUGCAAUUACAAAGAAUGACAAAGACCUCGUUUCAACUGAGUUGGAAAGAAAUCAAGCCCUUAAAGAAAUAGGUAACUUUUUGCACGAAUCUGUACCAAUUAGCAAUGACGAGGAAGAAAAUAAGGUCGAAAAAACAUAUGGGGAUUGUACACAAAACAAGAGGUACUCGCACGUUGAUUUAAUAUAUAUGAUCGACGGAUUGGACGGAGAACGUGGCACCAAUGUUUCUGGUGGACGUGGUUACUUUUUAAUGGGAGCAGCAAUUUUCUUACAACAGGCGUUAAUACAAUUUUCCCUUAGAAAAUUGUUUGUUAAAGGUUAUAAACCUCUGUAUACUCCUUUUUUCAUGCGCAAAGAUGCUAUGCAGGAAGUAGCACAAUUAUCUCAAUUUGACGAAGAAUUGUAUAAGGUAAUUGGUAAAGGAAGCGAGCGUUGCGACGAGAAAGAUAUAGAUGAAAAGUAUUUGAUUGCUACAUCGGAACAACCGAUAGCUGCAUUUCAUCGAAACGAAUGGAUCCCUGAAAAUACAUUGCCAAUCAAAUAUGCAGGAUUAUCUACGUGUUUCAGACAAGAAGUCGGAUCUCAUGGACGCGAUACAAGAGGCAUUUUUAGAGUUCAUCAAUUUGAAAAGGUCGAACAGUUUUGUUUAACAUCUCCGUAUGAAAAUAAAUCUUGGCAAAUGAUGGAAGAGAUGAUUUCUAAUGCGGAAGAAUUCUAUCAAGCAUUGGAGAUUCCAUACCGCAUAGUAAAUAUAGUAUCGGGUGCACUGAAUAAUGCUGCUUCAAAAAAAUUGGAUUUAGAAGCAUGGUUCCCUGGAUCCGGUGCAUUUCGUGAACUUGUGUCGUGCAGCAAUUGUUUAGAUUAUCAAGCUAGACGAUUAUUGGUCAGGUAUGGUCAAACAAAAAAGAUGAAUGCAAAUACCGAUUAUGUACACAUGUUAAAUGCAACAAUGUGUGCAGUUACACGUGUUAUAUGCGCCAUUUUAGAAGUACAUCAAACCGAUACCGGUAUCAAAGUCCCGAAAGUUCUUGCGCAGUUUAUGCCAAUUGAAUAUCAAGAUGAAAUUCCAUUUGUUAAGACAGCACCUAUCGAGGAGGCAGAAAUGAAAAAAACAAAAAGAACGAAAGAACCAAAGGACGUUAUCUUAAAUUAAAUGAAUCGUAUUAUUGAUCUCUUCGAAGGAGCAGAAAAAGAUCUGAAUAAAUUCAGUUGCGUUUGAUUAACGAUUGCAAUUUAAUUUCGAUGUAAAACUGAACGGUCAAUUCUCAUAUUCGAAGACCGAUUUUUCUUUGAAACAUUAUGGCUUCUACAUCGCUUUAGCGUAUAUACGCAAAAAUCAAUAACUUUGGUUCAUUCCAUUAUUAUAACUAUAAAUAACAUUCUUUAUUAUAAUUUGAGCACUUCGGUACAUACUCUUAAACAUAUAAUAAAUAAAUCUAGGAAAGCAGUAUAACCGUU